GCAGUUCCGUUUCAAAAUGUAAACAACGAACAUUUGAAAAUCGCUCUUCAGAAGAUAAUGCCAUAUCAGCGCUGCUGAGCCGGGAACUUCGUAGGGCAGCUGGCGGGGAUCAGGAGAAUGUACCCCCUGUCCAGCAAACGGAUCGCUUGGGAACACAAGACGCAGAGCAAUUUAAGUGGAAGGAAUCCCCGGCAGGAGAUGAUGCACUGGUGGUCAAUGAGGAUGCAUUUUAAGUGAAGAAGAACGAAAUGGACACUGUGCUGGACUGUCUAUACAGCGAUAGCUAGAGCAGUCCAGCAAAAAUGGGGGAACUCCUGCUGCGUCGACUGAUGCUCCAGUUUCUCCAUGUGGAACAGCAGUCUAAGCUCUGGAAUUUGGACGGAAGGAACCACCGAAAAUAUCGCAAUGUAAAUCUGCUAAAUGAGGUACAAAUAUUUUGGGGAAAAUCUACGUCCAGAGCAGAUCAUAGAUUCAUCAGCCAUCCAACGAGCGUUUUCAGUGUCGGCAUCUCCAGAUGAUUUGGGACAUGCAGAGGAUAUCCUGUCACCGAAACUGGAUCGGCUGAAGCUGUGGCGCAAUAAAAUGAAAAUCUCCGCUCGAUUCCUCGCAGCUUUAAUGUUUCAUUUGCCUCUUGAGGACCACUUCCCACCAGAAGAAAAUGCGCCGGCAGCAGAACGAGCGGGAGAGCAAGCUAUUUGCCUCCUGUUCUCACUACCACGGGAAAUUUGGGCUAUUGGAGGAAGUCGUAAAGAACGUGAAUAGCUACAUGGUUCAUUGGACCAAGCACGACGAUAGCCUGCCCUUCGAUUGUUCCAGAUGCCAAGCGACACAAGGAGCUCCACACCGAGCACAAGAGAUCUCCAAAUGAUUGCAAUCGAAAUCAGUCGUAAUGGAAUGUAGUUCCUACACUUGACGUCACUGGGAAACGGGUGGAGAAGCAGGAGACGAAGGGAAGGGCUCUCCCUCCACUGGUCAGCUGCUUCACUGGCGCGGCGGCGAUAAGCCCAAGUGCAGCCAAUCGAGAAGAAGCCAGAGUGGAAAGGGUGUUGCGAACAACCCGAUAGCGCCAAGCCCAGCAUCAUGCAGACGACGACAAGUCAGCGGCCAGUAACGCCUGGCACUCCAGACUCGGCGCAUAUCGUAAUCGGCGCCGCGGGAUUCGUGGCACACGAGAGACGCCAGCCCGGAAAGACCCUGAUGAAUUGCUUUCGCGAUCGCUCCACGACGUCGUCGUCAUCGUCGCAGGCCCAACACGCCUAUGUGCGCGGCCACAGCGUCACCUCGAGCACUCUGUUUCGCCUGGAGGGCAGUGGUGGCUCCAAUUGCACCUUGGACAAGGCGGGCAAGCAGGAUACCGGGCGGCCCGAGGCGGUCGUCCUACUCAGAGAGCUGAAAACCAGACCCAACAAGCUGGCUCUGCUCAAGAGCAGCAGCAGCAAGGAUCUGACCCGCCUGUUCCUGGACGAUUCAACCAACACAGCCGUGCUGGUGUCCAACACCAGUAUAGAUGUCUGCUCCUCAAAUUCCAGCUCUGGCGGCAGUCCGGCGGUGGGCAGGUCCAAGUCCGGCAGGGAUCGCCGCAAUGGACUGGAGUGCUGCAGCAGCUGCUCCAAGCGUUGGCACGAUCUCAAGCAGCGUAUGCACACUCUGGAGCAGGAUCUGCUCGUCCAGACCACAUACAGCCAAGAGCUGGAGCAGAAGGUGGGCGAGAUGAGUCGCCAGUUGACGGAACUGCUUCAGGAACGCGACAGGGAGAGGGAUAAGGAUAAGGCGCGCUUUGCAGCCGCAGGCGGCGUUGCUGCGCCUGGCAAGCGGACUGCUCACGGCAGUCCCAAUGUCCGACCCUCGCGCCUGGUGGCCUGGAUGAACCUGUCCAACUGGUUCAAGAGCAGACCCAGCGUGGAAACGCUGCGGGAACAGCGCAUCUUCUUCGACGAGCCCUGCUUCGAUACGGAACUGGAGAUGGUCCUCAAGCACGACCAGCACCGCACUGUGCCGCGCAUCGUUGUGGAUUGCUGCGAUCUAAUCGAGCAAAAGUACCGCAGAUCUACGCAGCCCAUCGAGGGCAUCUAUCGGCAGUGCGGCGACUACAAUAAAAUCCAAACGCUGCGCUUCAGCAUCGACGCCAACGACUACGAUUCACUGCGUCAGCCGGACGUCGAUAUACACACGUUGACCGGUGUGCUUAAGCUCUUCCUGCGCGAAAUCAAGAGUCCGUUGGUCAGGGUCAACGAGGCCAAGACCUUCAUUGGACAGCCCAAUCAGUGGUUGUUAACCGAUCUGUCUGCGAAGUUGGACUCCCUGAAAAGACUGAUUCGUUCGCUGCCGGAGAGCAACCGGGACACCAUGGACUACAUCUUCGGUCACUUCAAUAGAAUAACCAAGGUGCCGCUGCAGCAGAUCAGCGCUGAAACGCUGUCCAUAUCGGUGACGCCGUCGAUCUUUCACACGGUGCCACAGGGCGUCCACAUGCAGGACAUCCAGCAACUUUUGCGCGAGGGCGAAACGCUGGCCGACUGCGUCAAGCUGAUGAUCGAGUACCAGGGGCGCAUAUUCGAGUAAGUGCGAGCCCCGCUGAGGAGGAACAGCCCCAGUCUCCCAGGUGAUGGUCCAUUUGGUGUCCGGGCGCCCGCCGCUACUGUUACCCACAAAACCCGAAUCCCAGCCGCUUACGUCUCAUCCAAACCGCUCACCUACUGUGCCGUUGUGUCGAACGCUUUGCUAACCACUCGAAAUCCGAAAUCCUCAACCCGAAACCGAACACCCCACUGUACCUGCCACACCUCUAUACCCAUUCCCGAUUCGCUCCCGAAUCUGUUUCCAAUCCCGAUCACAUCGUCUACAGAUGCACCGCCGAUCGCCGCCGCCUGAGCAUGCGCAACCUAAAGAAGACUCUGUCGCAGCCGGACCUGCUCUUUCACAAUCUAUUCUGAGCUGGCCCAAUGACAUCCAAUGGAUCCUUCAUCCCAGAGAGAGCACUGUACAUAUAUGGAAUGACUUUACGCCCCGCUAGCAAUUGUGUCCUAAGAUUACUUUUUAUAUUCUUACUUUAUCAACUAACUUUUGUACUUAUGUUUACUAAUAUAAACACUAAAACU